ACAUGGGGGACCGGGUAUACCACAUUGGAGCCAGGAGCAGGGAGCGUUGAAGAAUCGGAUCUUAUCUGUGCCAAAAAAGAAACCCAAAAGGGAGCAGCUGGUCGCCGGCAGCUUGCAAUGUUCGUCGGAGAUUAGAGCGAGCAGACGAUGAGGUGAGGAACGGCAGUGGUCAGGUACCUCUCUGCGAUAGGGCGGCGAGUUGGCAAAGAUUGUUGGUGCGCAGGUGCAAGGAUGGAGGAAACUGUGGGCGCAGGCGUCCAUGCAGGAGCGGAGGAGGCAGCUUCGGCGACGAGGUCAAGUGGAUCUUACUCUUGCAGUACUGGUGGCGGCACGAGAUACCAGCGGGAGGUUGUCGGCGACAAUGGUAGUCAUCGGGGCUAUGUCAGAAGGCGUCGUUGUGUCAGCGGGCCGAAUGAAAGGACACCAGCCAUUGGACGCGUGACUGCAAUGGAGGAGGCUCUGAAGUCUUUCGAGCAGAGGAGAGGAUCGUGCAUUAUCCAGCCAGAGGAAGGCAUGGUGUUUGAUUCACUCGAUGAGGCAUUCGAUUUCUAUAAUCUAUAUUCCUGGGAGAAGGGUUUUGGGAUUAGGUACAACAGCAGCGAAACCAAUGAUGAAGGGUACCACCUUAUGAAAGAGAUUGCGUGCAUGUGCCAGGGGCGUCCGGCCGCUGGGACAAAGAAUUCUGUACUUUGUGGUUGCAAGGCAAUGAUGCGUCUACGGCGCACAGAUGACCAUGGCUGGUACAUCCGCCAUUUUGUAGCUGAGCACAACCACAAAAUGACGGAGACCUGCGGGGAGAAGAGGCAUUGGCCUUCCCACAAGCACCUGGACAACUACACCAGGGAUAUUAUUAAAUACCUCCGACAGAACAAUGUUAGCCUUACUAAGGUUUAUUCGAUUAUGGCGAGCAUGUUUGGUUCAGUUCAGAAAACACCUUUCACGAAGCGGAAGCUGAAGACCCUCUGUGGAGAGCUUGCAAGGGAGACUGCUGAUAAUGAUGUGAUCAAAACUAUGGAGGUCUUUAUGAAGAUCAGGGAUGAGGACCCAGAGUUCACGUACAAGGUUGACUUUGAUGUUGAUGGAUCAAUACGUACUAUGAUGUGGACAAAUGGUAGAUGUAAAAUGCAGUAUGCACAUUUUGGCGAUGUGGUCACAUUCGACACGACGUACAAGACAAACCUUUACGGCAUGCCGUUUGGAAUGUUUGUGGGGGUGAACAAUCACUUCCAGAGCGUGUUGUUUGGGGCAGUAUUAAUGAGGUCAGAGACAAUAGAUAGUUUCAAGUGGAUUUUCCGUGAGUUCGUUAAUAUGAUGGGUGGGAAGGAACCAGUAACUGUGUUGACAAAUCAGGCACGAGCUAUGGAGGUGGCAUUAGCGUCAGAGUGGAAGGGAGCGGUGCAUAGGUGGUGCAAGUGGCACGUGCUUCGCCUAGCAAAGGAAAAGUUAGGACCAAUUUACAGCAAGAGCAGCCCUUUCAAGGCCGAGUUACACAAGAUUCUGAAUGCAAUGAUGAGCAUCGAAGAGUUUGAGCUUGCUUGGCAUCAGGUGUUAGGUGAGUAUGGAGUGGUAGAGCAUCCAUUUCUGCAGAGGAUUUACAAUGAGAGGCACAAGUGGGAAAAAGCAUUCUUCAAGGAUGUUUUCUGCGCCAAGCAAACCAGUACUCAGCGUAGCGAGAGCAUGAAUCAUAUGAUGAAAGGUUAUGUGCCACCCGGAUCACCAAUGCACCACUUUGUUACUCAAUACCUGAAGUUAGUUGCUGAUCGAGAUGAGCAAGAAGACUUUCAAGAGAGGCGUAGUAAGCUGGGCAACAAGAAACCAUGGUUUAACAAUGAGAUUGAGCGGCAUGCAAUGACAAUAUACAGCCCUGCUAUGAUGGAAGUGGUAAAUGAACAAAUAUUUGAAGCUGGGUACUAUCGGGUAGAGGAUGUGGAACCCGGAUUGAAUUAUACAGUUGUGCAUUGUAAAGAGCAAGGAAGAUCAAGUUGGAUGCGCGGCAGAUUCUCUAUAAAAAUCACCGAAGGUGGGAGCAAGUACCAGUGUGAUUGCGGAAUGACAGAGCACAUGGGCCUACUUUGUUGCCACAUAAUCAAGGUGAUGCUUAAGCUGGAUAUCAUGGAGAUCCCGAGUGUGCAUAUAUUGAAGAGGUGGACUAAAGAUGCAAGGGACAUAUUGCCUCGUCACCUGGCAUUGUAUCAGAAAGACAGUCCUGCAAUCCGGUCGCAGACAUUUCGGCAUUGUUCGGUAUACAUUGGUGCUCUCGAAUUGGUGCAGAUGGGAGACUGCAAUGGUAAAAGAUAUGAGGAGUUAAUGAAGAUAAUCAGUGAGGGGAAAAAGAGAUUGGCAGCAAUUGAUGGAACCAAAGAUGGACUAACAUUGGAGGAACAAGCAACAGCCAUGGCGAAGGCAAAUGGCAGCCAGGAAGAUACGGAUAAAGGGAAGGAGAAAUUGAAUAGCAUGGUUGGGUCUGUGGGGGGCUACAAUGGUGGUGUCAAUGAUGAGGAUGAGUGCAGCUCUUCCAACUUCUUUGCAUUGUCUCAAUUGAAAGCCCCGGCUAAGAAACGUGGCAGAGGAAUGCCAUCAUCAAAACGUGAUAAGCCAGGGUACGAGCUAGGCAUUGCAAAUAAAGGGCGAAAGGAUAGAGGUUGUGCAAAAAUGGAACCAAAACGUGCAGUUACAUGCAGUGGAUGCCGGCUGACGGGGCACACGAAGCAGCAGUGUCAGAAAAGGCUCCAAAGUGCAGCGACAAAGAUCCGUGAAAUGAUGUGA